CUUUUACGGUUCACUACACCACUCUACCGAAGCAUUUAGUCGGCAAUGGCCGAAGAGGAGCCCUCAUACAUCGACUACGAGGCCUUCCUCGACCCGGCCUUCUCCGCAACCUCGUUCGCAAACACGCUCGUCCUCGCAACAAACAACCCCUCCGACACACCACUCGACCUCUCCACCCCGCUCUCCCGCGUCCUCUUCGACGUCCAGGAAAUAGACACGCACAUCGAUACCCUUACCACCAAAUCCGCACUCCCCCUCCUCCAGCACACAAGCGCGCAGACCGAGUCCAGCGCGCGUAUCCUCCAGCAGGUGGAAUCCCAAGUGGCCAGCUUGACCGAGUCGUACAGGACUCUGGAAAAGGAGGUCAUUGAGCGCUAUGAGACUGCCGAACAGGUCCGGCUGACUGCAGAACGGCUCGUGCAGACCGUCAAGCUUGGCAGGGCCGUGGCAAGAUGUCUGAUGCUGGGUCGGCAGCUCGAAGUGCGCGUGUCGGAGAUUGGGGGUGUGGGCGGUGCGAAGAAGGAGGAUCAUAGGGCCAUGGUUCGGUCUGCGGAUACGCUGUUGGCUCUCCGGCAGAUAUUCGCUGCUUCAGGGCCGGGACAAGAGGGAGAGGGCCUGGACAAGAUCAAUGUGGUGAAUACAUUGCGGAGCGAGCUUGUGAAUCCCGUGGAGAGGAGUAUUGCAUCGCGCGCGCAGCAGGUGGUUCGGGAGUUUUCCAUGUCCUCGCUGCUCGCGUCCGGUGGGCCGUCGGCGGCUUCGACGUUCGCCCAGACAGAGGAGACGAGGGCGAGGACGACGUCGGCCCUGUUGACGCUGUAUUUGCUGUCGCCUACCAAGGGCAUCACGACGCUUGAGGCGUUCCGACCGACACUGCUGCUGGAUGCGCUGGAAGACUAUCUACAGACGGCGCUGAAGUCGUCGUUGGCGUCACUGGCACGGUCGCUAGCUACGUUACCGUCGCUGGAUAGGACGUUGCUGGAGGUGUCGGCCAGAUGUCAGAACAUAGUCGCUCUGGAGACGCUGCUCGAAUCCGUCAAGCCGCCGGCACAUCCCUUCCUCUCUUCUUCGCCUAAAUCAGCGAAACCAACCUCAUCGAAUUUCCUCCAACCUUUACUCAACGCGCUCGACACGUCGUCGCUCGCAUCGUACUUCUGGCGCUCCCUCGCGUCGGCACUGUCGCGCAAGGUGCAGGAGAUUAUGCAGAGGGGGGGCGUGUCGGCGAGGACGAUGAGGUCGAACAAGGAGAGGGUCAGGGAGGCGAUUCGCGAGUGUGUGAAUCGGGGGUCACAGGUUCCUGGGGGCAAAGGGAAGGGGGUUCCGGUUGGGGGGUGGGAAAGGGAGGCUGCGGUUAUGGUUGGGGCGGUGAUUGGGCAGGUGAGGUAGGACUUGGAGAGUCUAUGGGGAGUAGGAGAGGGAUGUGGAUGGACAGGUAUGUGAGCUUUGGUCUGUUAGGAUGUUGGCCCUUCAGUUCUCAGCACCUGGUACUGGGGCUAUCAAAUUCAGAGACCGAGAUUGGAGAGUAGGGGAAGGCAACCCGAGAGAUAGCAAUGGAGUACAAAUGUCGAUUCGCAGUAGUCGGGAUUCUUUUCAGAUCCACAAUGUCUACAGAGACAUGAAA